ACUGGUGAGUCACUUCCUGGUGCUGUUUGCCUUAUUUGGCAGGAGAGGGCUGUCUGUUUUUCAUAGGCCGGAAAGGGAAAAUGGUGGCCGGGGCAGACAGGCGGCUCCUGUAGGCAGAAAGAUAGCAGCAGUUUUAUCCCUGUCUGCCCAAUCUCUUUGCGUGGCCAUUUUUUUAGAAGAACAAAAUGGCAGACGGCUCCCAGGUAAAGAAAACAGCUGUCAUGGUUCUGACUUACGUGGAGAAGGUGUCCUCUUUCGCCUCGUCCAUCGACCCUAUCUUUGGCGUUGUCUCCUCCCUGGUGGGUGUGGCCCGCAAGGGUCUCGUGGGUGAAGAGGGCCACGAGCUGGACGAGGACUUCCAGGCCAUCCACAGCAAGCUGGAGAGCAUCUCCGAGAAGAACCGGCAGUGCCUGAUGCAGAUCCGGAUCGAUGAGGUGAACGAGACCUUUGGCAAGUACGAGGAGUACAUCAAGCAUCAGUACGCUGCCGUCAACACCAUGGUGGUGCAGAUGAAGAGAGACCCAGACAACACGCCGCACUACAUGCAGAACUUUGAGCGGAUCUACGAACGGGACAAAAUGGACACCGGUCUGGACGUGUACUACCGUGGCGUGAUGGGCACAGGCUCGCUCUUCGGCAGGCCCUUGCUGAAGGUCUACCUGGAGAACUGCAACGCCGACGCUGAAAUCAUGGAGCGCCACUGCUCGCACGUGGCCCACCUCUUCCACAUGGGCCUCAUCGCCCUCAUGGCUUAUACUGCAGUCACAGAGGACAAUGAGAACGAGGUGCGCAAAAAGUGGGCCGCCAGGGUGCACGACAUCCAGGAGAAGAUGCAGGAGGUGCUCACUCUCUGCAACAUCAGGGAUCCUGAUCCGCCUUCUGAUGACAAGAGUCUUGCUUCCUGAACCUGGAUCGAAAGGUUUAGACCAAUCACGCAGCUGUGGAUCAAUAGAAACACAGACCAAUCAUCUUAUUGUUUUUUGUCUUCAAUGUUUGACAUAAUCACUCAGAAUAAACAAAUUGAUGUGUCAGUUGACUAUGUAUUAUAAUGGGUUUUAAAUGAGUGUUUAAGAGGUGGGACCUGGUGAGGUGGCAUACAAUGUCUGCAACUCUAUGUGUGAAAGUCGGGGUGUCAAAUGUAAACUUUCUUUUUUUUUUUUUUUUAGUUAUCAAGUAGUAACGAAAGUUGUUUGUAAAGAAAGGAAACAUCAACAAUGCGACACAUGCAUGAAGGAACUGACAAUAAAGCUGACUCUGACAUUU